CAAAAUGAAAACUCGUGUUGGCAAGCGAGCGUGUGCAGUGUGAACUGUGCGCGGAAAGCGGCUAAACAGAGACAACACACAAAGCGGCCGGCGCCGGUCCACAUCAAAGCGCGCGAAUGGUGGUCCGGCUCUGCCGAUGCGGCGUUAAGAAGGGAAGCGCCGUCGACGUAACAUUAACUUAAAUUAACGUUGUUAAUUAGCUGUAAAUUUAAAAAACUUGUUCAUCGUAGAGUUAUAAUAUCGGGACUUGCGAAUAUUAGUAAAUCGUCCACAAUACGUACAACUACGUUAGUAACUUAGUACGAUAUGAUUAUGCAAAAGUGUCGAACUUCCAUUUUAAUAAACACGAUAAUGCACCGUACGGUAAAAUGCGAGCAAAAGAUAUAUUGAUGAAUCAGCAAAACAACAAUUCACUUUUUGUCGCCAGUUUGUGAAAUGUUUAAGGUGCGGCAUCAGCAUAGCCUGUAUGCUUGCUAAGUUGUCUGUAAUACUGGUAAGGUUCCGAUAAUUAAGUUAAUAAUUCAGACAGCUUCGCGCGUAAUUAUUUCCUCGGGCGUAAAGACAUUCCACAAAAAAGCGUACAAAAGUAUAUAACUGACACUAAGCAAACGUGACUUAUGUAAGGAGGCAAAACAUUAAUUCCUGGAUUUUGCUGUACAGUAACAAAUCUAUUGUAAUAAGCAUGGUCAGCCACAACUAUGGAUGCACGGCGAAAGCGUUGGCUUGCGUAUUUUUGUACAGAUUACAAUCCUUGGCACUCACGCAAUACUCGAGCCAGCUAAGAAUGUGCACCGGGAUCUAGAUCUGGCCUUUGAAAUGCGCAACGCCACCGCGGAAGACGGGACAGGGACAGUUCGUUUCAUCGAAAAUCCCUGGCUUUCUUCUUGGCUUAUCGGCGAAAAUAUCACUUUCGGCUGCCUUUUCCCCGAGUACCCCAUCCUUCGUAUCCUGGGCGGGCAGUAUACUAAUGAAACCGUCAUUGCUUCGGUGAAUGUGACAUGUGAGGGCGGCUACCAUGUACGCGGCUGUCCGUAUACGUUGAGGAUCGCGCAUCAAUGCUCGGGCGCCUCCUGGAACUGUACCGUGGAUAUUGAGCAGCCGGAUGAGAUGCAGCGUUGUCCGGUAACGCAUUACCAGGUUCGAUAUCAGUGCCUGCCCAAGAUGACACCGGAAGAUCCGCUCAGAUCGUACGCAGUGCUGCCGCCAGGAACAGAUCCAAAUGAUCCGUGUGCCGAGUUAUACGUGCCGAGUCAAUAGAAAAUGGCCCUUUGGGGCAUUUUAAAUUGCUUCUAAUAUGCAAUCUUGGCAGCAGUGAACGACCGGCAUUCUUAGAUAAUUGCUCGAUCACUUCAGCUACAUCAUUCUUUUGCCAUUUUGAUUACAUUAGCAUUACAGACGACAGAAAUGAUUGGUUGCUUUUUAGCAUUUUAUUUGA